CCAUUGCAAUCACCGAGCAGCCGGUCUCCGUCUCCGUCCCUGUGGGGUACUCCUUCACCCUGCGGUGCAGAGCCGAGGGGCGCACAUUGCUGCAGUACCAGUGGUUCUGUCAACACCAGUCUGUCUGCCGCCAGAUUCCUGGUGCCACUGAGCAAGACUUGCCCCUCACUGCGCUGCAGAGCCAACUCUACACCUGCAGAAUUAAUGACCUCUACAGAAAUGCUGUCUUCUCCAACUGGGUAAAAGUGGAGGUCCAUCAGUGUGUUGCCAGAGGACUGCCCCCUAAGCUCUGGCGAGGAGAACCGGUCAUCGUCCUCAACCCCACCGAGCAGCAGGUGGAGGUGGGGAAGCCUCUACAGCUGCAGUGUGCUGCCAUGGGAGUCCCAGCCCCCAGAUACCAGUGGUACCGGAAUGGGAACCUGCUGGAACACCAGAAGAAAAAAAAACUCUGGAUCACCCAUGCAAAGGUCAGUGACUCUGGCACCUACCUCUGCUGUGCCUCUAAUAGCCACGGAGAGCACUGGACCAACGCCGUGGAUAUUCACAUAGCUACGUGUUGCUCUGAAAAGUUUUUUGCUACAGGCAAGAUAGCGCUUUUAGUGGGCAACAACCGCUACCAGCAUCAUCCCAACCUCAUGGCUCCUGUCACGGAUGUGUUUGAGCUAAGUCUUCUUCUGGAACAGCUGGGCUUCCAGGUUGUCUCCCUUCUGGAUCUGAACAAGGCUGAGAUGGUGACAGCGGUCAGUCAGUUCCUGGAGCUCCUGGGGAAGGGAGUCUAUG